UCUCCCUCUCUGUAUCUGACGCAGUGCUGAAAGAAAAAAGAGUGGAUUACAAGAGUGGAAGAAGAAAUGGACCUGGUUUUCAUGCUGGAGGAAGAAAGUCGAUCUGCUUUCAUUAGAUGGGUUGUUCAGAACCUUGGUUGCAGAUACAUUUGUUUGUGGUCCUACCAGCCUUAUCUUCCCAAGUGCAUGCUAUGCACGAAUGGAUGGUAUGAAGAAGAUAAGUCGACUGCAGAAGCCAGCUGGUUGAGGCAGGAGCUGUUCGAUACAUACAGGGGCUCUGUCUGUGUCAUAGAAAAUGGAGGGAUUCCGGGGCUUGCUUUCACGGAAGGAAAGGCUUACUUAAGGCUAGGAGAGGCGAGUCUCCAGAGCAUGGCGAGAACGGACACGCAAAGGCAAUUCUAUCAGGGAGCUGGGAUUAAGACUGCAGUUUUCUUGGCGUGCAGAAGUGGUGAGGUGGAGAUUGGUUCAUCCUCUGGCAACAUCAACUUGGAGAUGGAGGAGAUCAGAAGCCUUCUUACAGGGGAAUUGUUUAAGCAAUUCCAGUCAGUAAACCCUGCUCAUCCUCUAGAAAGCAGCCGAGCAUCGUCUUCCUCUUCCUCGUUGCUAUCCUUCUCCAUUGGGAGCCCGGAGUACUCAUCUAUGCUGAUCAACCUGCCCAAUCCGCAAAGUUUUCAAGAAUCCAUAAGGAAUCAAGCUUCCAUUCUUAGGAGCACAACUAGUCAUCCUCAUCCUUACGCUCUGCCUCCAGCUACUAGUAUGGAGGACGCAGCAGUGACAAAAGCAAUGCUUGCGGUUCUCUCAUCAUCAGUUUCUCCAUCUCCGGCAUCAUCGUCGCCAUCAUCGUCCUCAUCAUCUCCUUCAUCGUCCGCUCAACUGAGCACACAAACUGGCGCAUUUAGAAAAUAUUCACGUGCAUUGUCCCCAUCAAGAUUCAUUCGCAAAUCGAGUUCCCAGAGCCAAAACCUUCAGAAACUUUCAGUUAUUAUUCUUCGGGGCAUCAAUCAGCAAAGACUUGAAGCUCAACUUGGGGCAAAUAAGCCUGCAAGCAGCCAACUAAGUCAUGUUAUGUCAGAGAGAAAGAGAAGAGAGAAACUCAAUGAGAGCUUUCUGGCUCUUCGUGCUCUCCUGCCUCUUGGAACAAAGAGGGACAAGGCUUCUGUGCUAACAAGCACUAGAGAAUACAUGAUUGCACUCAGAGAACAAGUCAGGGAGCUAGAAAGCAGAAACAGAGUUCUCGAAGCUCAAAUGUUUCUGCUUCCAACUUCAAACGGUAUAACAAAAGGAAGAGAAGAUGAAUCAUCUGCUGGUGAAGGAAGAGAAGAAAUAAAGGUUGUCGAGGUCUCGUCGGCCCUUGAUGAGAGGGAGAUCGAACUGAUUGUCCAUAAACAGAUCGAGCUCACGUAUUUGGUUCUAAAAUUGUUGGGAUGUAUCAAAGACAUGGGCAAUGUGGCCCUGCUUGCAGUGACUGCUGAUGUCCAGAAAGUAGAGCAGCAGCAACGAAGCUCAGUUGCUCUGAGAUUGAAAAUCAUGGGCAAGGAUUGGUCGAAGCGCGACUUCGAGGAAAGGAUAUCCAGAGAGUUUGGUGGCUGAGAGCCAAACUUGAACGCCUGCAUCUCUUGACUCUUGAGAUUUUGUUUGACCAUAUACAAACAAGAGCCGGUAGUGUCCCUCGCCGUGGAAGCUCAUCCAAAGUGAGUCCCACCAAAGCUUGGUCCAGCCCAAAAAGUCUGCCUUCUUCACAAGGGAGAGUGGCUCUUUGAAUACAGAGGUUCCUGCCUCCUUGACCUUGUUAGGUCUCUAACAACUCAGAUCCCUUUCAUUUACUUGUCAGGGUCCCUUUACCGUGAUGUAUAAUGCAAGAUAUUGAGCGACAAAUGAAGCACCGAUACUGUAUAUAUAUAAAUAUAUAUAUAUAUAUUUCAAGUGCCAAAAUCGAAGGAAUAGUUUGAAGUCGUCAAACUUGACUGGUUUUCUUCUCCUUUCCUCUUGUCUACUUUACAUGUAAGACUGCCUGGUAGAUUAAUUUAUUGAUA